GAAAAUGCAUAAGGUCAAAUCAGACAUCAUGUUUUCAGUCAGUAGGUUGUGCUGCAAAAGUGCAAUAUGGUCUGACAUGGCCUCAUGUUAUUCACCUUUUCGCUAAAGAACCAGUUCAAUAUGGUCAAGAGUCGAUAGUUGCUUUUGGGUUUACAUUUUGUGCUUAGAGAUGGAUAUUGCCUCGACCAAUAUCAAUAGCAGAUGGAGAAUUUGCACUGUAGCUAGCUUUCUUGGAGUGGUCUUGUUAGUUUUUCUCCUCGAGCAGCGCCGCGACUCCGUAGAUCUCUUGAGCCCACAAAGCUUGGAAGCGUUGGUCACAUCCUCCAUAGACCUCUUUCCAUCAUUUACCAAUCAAUCAUCCGGUUCACCCCGCUUCGAGGAAAGCAGAGAGCUGGAACAGGAGGAGCAAAAAGGAUGCGACAUAUUUGAUGGAAAAUGGAUUUAUGAUCCAAAAGCGAGCCCUCUUUAUAGUGGAGCUCAGUGCCCCUUUCUAAGCAACCAGGUGAGUUGCCAAAGGAACGGUAGACCAGACUCCCAGUACGAGAGAUGGAGUUGGGAAGCGAACCGAUGUGCUAUUCCUAGGUUCAACGGAACAGACAUGUUAGAGAGUCUAAGAGGGAAGAGAGUGAUCAUAGUUGGGGACUCACUUAACAGGAACCAGUGGGAAUCACUUGCUUGUCUUCUUUACUCAUCCAUUGCCCCGUCCGAUGCCCAUGUUGACGUCGAAGGUGGCAUGUAUAAAGUCUUUCAUGCGAAGAAUUACAAUUGCUCCGUUGAAUUCUACUGGAGCCCGUUUCUAGUUCAACUAGACGUGGACCAUGCAAAUGGUACCAGCGUUCUCAAUCUUGACCGGAUCUGCGCCUCAGCCAAGAAAUGGAAAGGAGCCAAUAUCAUGAUCUUCAACACCGGUCAUUGGUGGAAGCAUCAGGGGAAAUUCAACACUUGGAACUUUGUCCAGUACAGGCAGGAGCUAUAUCAGAACAUGGAGACGGAGAUAGCAUUGGAGAUAGCAAUGAAGACUUGGGCGGCUUGGAUCGAUAAGAAUGUCAACGUGACAGAAACAAAAGUCUAUUUUCGGAGUAUAUCGCCAGAACACAAAGGGAAGCAAUGGUGUCACAACGAAACCCAGCCUAUCAUGGAUAAUUCGGACCGAAAAACAUUUCUACACACCAUAAAAGAAAUCACAGAGAGAACCAUCGAGAGAACGAGAUUUCCAGUAACUUAUCUGAACAUCACAAAGCUGUCAGAGUAUAGGAGAGAUGCUCAUCCGACAGUGUACACAAGCAGGGGAGGAAAGUUAUUGACAGCAGAAGAGAAAAGACAUCCGGAAGUUCAUGCCGAUUGCAGCCAUUGGUGUCUCCCUGGGCUGCCUGAUACAUGGAACCGGCUUCUGUAUGCGUCCUUGGUUUUAGACGGCACCAGAGGCAACUCUAGUUCUUCACAUUUGGCAGUAUGAGUAAUUUGGAUAAAUCGUUCUAUUUCCUUUUUUCCAUUUGAUUUUGUUCAAAGAACAGUAGAGGCAUUAGGAAGAGGAACUAGAAGACGUGUUUCAAUUGACAUUGCUAGAAAAAAGAGAUUUGAGGUAUGUUAAAUCUCUGUGCCCAGCAAAA